AUGAUUAAGGAUUCAAAUGUAAUCAAGGGUAUUUUUAAUAUAGAUAAGAUUGCAUUAGAUGGUAUCAAUUUUAAUUAGACUAGUCCUUCAUUUAUUAAUGAAAAUGUGAUAACUUGUCUUGAAUGUAUUAAUAAUCCUCUAAAUUGGAUUAAGGAUCCAUAUUGUUAAACUAAUCUAUUUUUAGAUAGAAAUGAUAGUCCAGUUGAAUUCAUUAAAGAUGUAACCAAAACAUUUUAUGUGUUUGACGGAAUAAAUUUAAAAUCAUGUAAUCAUUAUUCAAAUAAUAAUUUAUAAACAAUUGAUGAAGUUUUUGUAGAUUAUCAUUUGAGUACAUUAUAUUAUCCUACUAUUUGUUCUAAUUCUAAUUAUCCAAAUGAAUGUUAACCUUGUAAUUUAAUUGGUUGUAUUGUUUGUGGUAUUACAUAGACAACAAAAACAUGCUUAAUAUGUUAAAAGGCAUUUGAGUUGAAAAAUGGACUUUGUAUAAAAUUAAUGAUGGGAUAAGUUGAAUAAAAUAAAUGUCAAGCCCCUUAUUAUGUAACAUCAAUGAAAGGGUGUAAUAUUUGUUAAAUAGAAAAUUGUUAGUAUUGUUUUGAAUAUGAAAGUAAUGAUUUACAAAAAUGCACACUUUAUAAUGACUUUUAACCUUUUUAGAUUGAUGAAUUUCAUAAGGUUGGAUGUUCAUUAUGUUAGGAUGGUUUCAUUUUUGAUUUUAAUAAAAGAAAAUGCAUUUAUUAAAAAUCAUCUAUAUCGAAUUGUUUAAGAGCUUUCAUUAAUUUAUAAGGAUAAGAAAUUUGUACAUUAUCAUCAGUAGAUGAUUUUAGUAUUGCUCCUGAGAUUAUUAAUUGUCAAAAAUAUAUUUCAUAUUGUAAAUAAUGUUAUUAAACACCAUUAUCUAUAAUUAAAUGUAUAAUAUGUGAAGAUGGAUACUCAAGUUCAGUAAUAACUGGUCAUUGUAAUAAAUGCAAUUUAGAAUAUACAAAAUAUUGUAGUGAAGGAGAUUUUACAAAAUUAGAUUCUUGGAUGCAAUUACUUUAAAGCUUCUUAAUAUAAUUCUUACCUAAUAAAUAUAUAUAUCCUCCUUCAUAGUCUAACUUAAAUAGAUCAAUUUUACCAUUAAAAUGUAUUGAAGGUUAUGAACUUAAUUUAUUUACUUGCUAAAAAUAUUGUGAUCCUAAUUGUUCUGUAUGUAAAAGAAUGUAAAUAGAAUAAGGAUUUUAAUGUACUAAAUGCAAUUUAAAUUAUUAUAUGAAACCCUUUAGAGUAUAGAAUAAAGGAAAAUGUGUUGUUUGUCCUCAACUUUGUUAAGUGUGUCAAAGUAGAAAUAAAGAAGAGAUACAUGUAUUCAAUUUUAAUAAUAUUUAGAAAAUUAAUCCUUAUUUUAAUAAUAAUAAUAAUGAAUAUGAAAUAUAUACAUAUAGAUGUAUAAAACCAAUUUCUAAUUAAAAUAUUUUUAUAGAUCCUUAUACUCAAAUUGCCAACUAUUGUUAUAAUCAAUAGUGUGUAUCUAUGUUUCAAAAUGAAGUAUAAAUAUUUUAUAUUUUUAGAUAGAAAAUAUAUGUCAUGGUUUAUUUAUAUCAUUAAGUCAAGAAUAUUUAGAAACAUUAUUUAAUUUCAAGUAUUUAAAUGAAAUGGCUUUUUAAUAAUUCCAAUUAAUAAUACCAUAUUAAGGCUUUUGUUAUGGGACUGAUCCAACAUAAGAAAACAUAAUAAAAAAUAUUUUUAAAUAAAAGAUAUUUUCAAUGCAAUUUGUUGAAUUAGUUUUUUAAGGAGAUCAUUCUCCAUCAUUCUUUUAUUAGAAAAUAUCAGUCAUUAAUUUUGAUUCUUUAAGGAUACAAGAUACUUCAUUUUUAGUAUAAUAGUAAUUAUAAUUAUAUUAAAAUAAUGAUGAUAAUAAACCUUAGGAUUUAAUAAUUACAAAUUCAGUAUUUUUUAAUGAUUUGAAUUAACCAGUAAAAUUAAAAAUAAUAUCUAAAAAUUAUUAGAAUAUUAAUUUUACAAAUCUUGAAUUCAAUAAUUUAAAUUUUUUAGAUUCAACUAUUUUUGAAAUUACUCCUAAUGGAAUUUAAUCCACUUUUAGUAUUAACAAAUUUAUUAUAGAAAAUUGUAUAUUUACAAAUACUAUUUUAUUCAAAAUAAAAAAUACUUCUAAGAUUAUUAUAUCAGAUUUAAUAUUAAAUAAUUGCUAUUUUACAAAUUCAUCAAUUGCAAAUUUUGAAUUUGACUAUAAUAAUCCAUCAAAUAUUUAAUUUCACUACUUAAUGAUCAAAAAUUCAGUUUUUAUCUAAUCUUCAAUAAUUACAAAUGUUGUUUCCCUCACUCUUUUUAAUAUUUCAAUAUUAUUAAGUAAAUUUGAGUUCACUUAAAUAAUAGAAUUUAAGAAAGAUUUAAACAUUAAAAAUAUAUCAAUUAAGGGUAAUAAAUUUAUAUAAUCUUAAUUAAUUUUUAAAAGCCCAAUUAAAUAAUUAGAAAGUAAGGUUAUCAUUAAUUCAUUAAUCUUUGAAGAUAAUUUUCAUUAUAAUUCUUCUAUAUUUUAAACUGAUUUCUCAAUAUCUAAUGAUCUAUUAAGUAUUUCAUUUAUUAAUUUUUAUCUAAAUUAGAAUUAGAAAAUCUAAUUAGAUAAUUAAUCUAAUUAUCUAUUUAAUAUUAAUAGUCAUAAUUUUAGUAUUUAUAAUUUAUCAAUUUCAAAUUCUGAUAAUUUUAAUUACUUUAAUUUAAUUACUAUUACAAAUAUUAAAGUGUAAGAUGCUAUUUUUGUAAACUUAUAAACUUUACAUAAAGUUCCAAUAUUAUUAGAAUGUGUCGAUUCUUUUAAUAUCAAUUCUUAAUUAUUUUAUAUUUAAGGAUUUAAUUCCUUAUAAUUUAUAAAUAUAACUAUUAAGAAUUUUAAGAGUAUUGAUCAAUCCUUUAUUCAAAUCUUUUCAAAUUUAUUAACAAAAGAAUAAGAAUUCAUCAAUAUAUAAGAUUUAAGAUUUAUUGAAAAUACUUUGUUAAAAAUAAAUUUAAGAAACAUAUUUUCAUUAAUAUCAAUUUACUCUGAGAAGAGCCAAUUAAUAAUUAUUAAUAAUAUCUAAUUUUAAGAGAAUGUAUAUCAUCAAUAUAUAGAUGAUUCAUCUCAAACUACAGCAAGUCUAUUAUUUAUAAUAUCAUAAUAGAGUACAGUGAUUAUAACUAAUUUAUCAUGUUCAUAGAAUAUAUUAACUAAUUCUACAAGUUCUUUUAUUUACAUUAAUAGUAAAAUAAUUAAUUUAUUUGAAUUCUAAAUCUAAAAUCAUAAUAUAUUAAAUAUAACAACUCUGUAUUCCUUAUUUGAAAUAAAGAAUAUUAUAAGUUAAAAUUAGAUAAAUACAAUAUUAUUAAAAGUAUUAAAGAUUCAAAAUACAGGUGGAGUUUUAUCAUUUACAACUGAAGAUUGUACUAUAAUAAAUGGUAUCUUAAAAUAUAUACUCACUUUAAAUAGCAAAUUAUUCAAUAUUCAUACUUAAGGAAAAGGAAUAAUAAAUAUAAAAAACUUAGAAAUUAAUUAAAUUGAAAGUUUAGAUUUGAAUAUUGCUGAAAAUGAAGGAUGUAUUACUAUUAACUCAUAAAGCAGUUUAUUAUAACUAGAAUUAACAAAUAUACUUUUUACUGAUAUUUUAAAUAAGUUUGCAUCUCCAAUAAUUUUUAUAAUACCAUCUUAGAAUAUCAAUAAUAUUGUAAUUAAAAAUAUUACUAUAUUUAAUUGUUUCUCUCUUACAAACCUUUUAAUUAAAACUUAAUUUUCUUUGAUGAGUAUAAAAAACAAUAAAGUAUUAAUUUAGUAUGUAAAAAUUCUAUAAAACAAAAUAGAAUUCAAGUAAUAUCUUCAAAAAUUUAACACAUUAUCCUUAAUUGAUAGAUAAAAAAUCUUAAAUGAUAAUGCUAUUAUUAAUUUAUCAGGUUGUAUUAUAAUUAUAAAAUAAUUCAGAUAUUAAGGUGUGUUAUCAUCUUCUAUUUUAAAGUUAGUUGAUACUUAUAAAGUUUAAAUAGAAAAAAUCUAUUUUAUUUAAAUUUAAUUGAUUCUAAAAGUUGAUCUUAUACAUAUUUGGCAUAGUCCUAAUAAUAAAUAUACUGUAAUGAUAUAAGAUUUAAUAUUUUAAAAUAUAACUUAAUUAGAUUAAAAUGAAUUUUUAAAUUUAUCAUAUAAUUAUAACAAUAUAGAAAUCCUUAAUAAAAAUUGUAGUUUAAUAAAUGAAAUUUAAAUAUAGAGUCUAAAAAUAAAUGAUAUUGGAUUUGAUACAUUUUUCUAACAAUUAAUAUAAGAUACAAAUUAAUAGGGAUCACUCAUUUAUUUUUAAAGCUAAUCAAUUCUUAAUUAAAUAUUUUUAUCAUCAAUUUUAGCUAUGAAUGUAAAUAGUUAAAAGUUAUUUAAUGCAAUUCUUUUAUUUGAUUUAAUUAGUUUUUCUUCUAUUGAUAUAAUUGAAUUUAAUUGUUUAUUAAACUCUGUAAACUUAUAUGGGUGUAUUUUAGCAUAAUAAAGUGAUAAAUUAAAUUCAAUCAUUCGAAUAAAAAAUUCAUUUUUCUAUUAGAACAAUGGAGGAUCAGGAACAGGGAUUAAAACUAAAAAUGUUAAAUUAGAAUUAUAUAAUUCAAAGUUGUUAAACAAUUAUGCUUAAAUUUAAGGUGGAGGUCUUAAUUUAUAAUUAGAUUAGAAUGAAUUUGUCAUAAUAAACUCUUAAAUUUAAUUGAAUCAAGCUAAUGAAGCUGGUGGAAUAUAUCUUUAAGGAAAUAGUAAUAUAAAUGAAAAUAAUUUUAUUAAAUCUGUUAUAUCUUUAAAUAAAGCAAACUUAUCACCCUCAAAUUUAUUAGAAUUACCCACUCAUUUAUCAUUGUCUAUAAAUUAAUAAGAUAUGUUAUCUAUUUAAAAAUAUAUUGAUAAUAUUUAGAUUAAUAUAUUACAAUUAGAUCCAUAUUAAAUUAUUGAAUAAGGAAAAGUUAUAAUAACUAAUUUAUUAGUUCUACCAAGUAAUUAAAUAAUUAAGAAUUAUCACAUUUUCAAUCCCAAUGAUUAAUCAUUUCAAAAAUAUAUUUAAGAAUUUUCAAUUUCUUUUAAGAAUAAUUUAAAUGAAAAACUCAUAUAAUUUACAAAUUCAACUUGUAAAAUAUAAGAAUAAAUUUUUACAUAUGAUAAACUUGAAUAUACUAAGUUACCAUAAAUAAUAUAAUUUAACACUCUAUUUGGUAAUUUUGAUAUUUCAGAAUUAUAAUUUUCAUUUGAUCCAUAUAUGGAAAUUGGUUAAUAAUAACAACUUUUAAUUAUCUGCUAACCCAAUAAUUCACUUUCUGAAUUAUAUUAUGGUAUUAAAAUUGCAACUUUAAAAUGUCAAUUAGGAGAAUUUUAUAUAUAAAAUAGUUGUCAACCUUGCUAAUAUAAAUAAGGAUAUUAUUCUGUAACAUAUAAUUCAACUAAAUGUUCCAUUUUUGAUAAAAAUAAAUUUUAUAAUAUUACAUCUAAUUAAAUAAACUUGAAAGUUGGUUUUUGGAGACCAAAUUAAUAUUCAGAUGAUGUUGAAUAUUGUUUUAAGUAUCCUAAUAUAUGUAAAGGAGGGUGGUUUGUUGGUGAUAAACUUUGUUUCUCUGGUUAUAUAGGAGGGUUAUGUGAAGAAUGUGAUAAAUAUAAUAUUAGAGGAGAAGGAUAUUAUUAUAAAAACUAAUAUAAUUUAUAAUGUCAAUUAUGUGAAGAACUACCAAAUAGAAUUCUAUUGUUUAUUGUGGCAUCACUUUGGUAUAAAUUAAUAUUUAAUUAAAUUAGGUCACUUGGAUCUAUCAUUCUUACAUUAAGUAGUAUUGAAAAAUCAAAUAAAUUAUAUAUUUCUUGUAAAUUAAGACAAAGAUUUUCUAAUAUUAUUUUUAAACUCAAUUAAGGUAUUAAUAUAAUCUUAAAUAGAUCAUGGAAGUAUAAUAAUUAAAUUAUUUCUGAAUUAUUUAUGGAUAUUUUCUGCCAUAUUUUCAUUAAAUAUCAAUUUUACAUUCUCAUUUAGUUUUAUUGAUUAAACUAGUAAUCCAUCUUAUUUCAUGGCUAAUAAUUUAGAUUGCUUUUUAUUAUAGAUUCAUAAUAUAGAAUUAAUAUAUCUCAGAAUUAUUACAAUGUUUAUAUUGAUGCUUUCAUUACUUAUAUUAAUAUAUUUAGGAUUUUUAUUUAUUGAAUUACUUUAUAAAAAAAAAUUUGAUGCUAGCAUUAUAUCAAUAACUGCCCUUUAUUUGUAUGUAUCUAAUUAUGCUGCUUUGAUUAAAUAGUAUAUAUUUAUAUUUAUUAGAUUUUUUUCAUUAUUGGCUAAAAGAUAAAUCUCAAAUAUUAAUUAUAUAUAAGGUGAUGUAUCAUUAAAAUUUGGUACAUCAGAUCAUAUUAAAUGGAUGAUAAGUUUUAUUAUUCCAGGUUUAGGAUUAAUUGGAUGGCUAUUACCAUUUUCACUUUUAUUGUUAUUGUAUGUUAAAAGAGAUUAAAUAGAAUCUAUUUAAUUUAGAAAACAUUUUUGUUAUUUAUUUAAUGAAUAUAAUAAUUCAAACUUUUUUUGGGAAUGGGUUAAAUUAGCCAAAAAGACAUCUGUGAUUAUUAUCUUAACUUAUUUUGAGACAAAUAUUUAUUUAAAAGCCUCACUUUUAGGAUUAUGUUUAUUAUUUUAUUAAUUAUAUGCAUUAGAAUAACAACCUUAUAUUAUUUAAAAUUUUAAUAAAAUAGAUGUAAAAGCAUGUUAAAUAUGCUCUAUUUCAAUAUUUUUAGCUGUAAUUAAGUAUAUUUGUGAAUAAUAAGAUAAUAUUGUACUUUCUUUUAUUCUUUAGAUGAUUCUAGUAUUGCUUAGUAUUAAAUUAAGUUUUCCAUUUAUAAACAGUUUACUUAAAUUAUAUCAUAAGAAAUAUAAAAGAUAAUUUUUAAUUUAAUUGUCAAAGAUAUUUAAUAUUUUUUAAUGUACUUCAUGUUUAGAUAAAUAUCUAAAGAAUAAAAUUUAUAUUUGGAAUUAAAAAGAACAAAGACUAAGAUCUAAUUUUUAUAAAUUAAGACAUCAUUUAAUAUAUAUUUCCAAAUUAUAAUUAGAAUAAUAAAAGUAAAGUAAUUAUAUUAAAUAAGAUCUCUAACAACUUUGUUUACUUCUGAGUCCUUGCCUAGACAUAAACAAUAUACUACAGAACUACAUCUUUUAAAGUUUAGACAAGAUAUACAUUGA